UGUCCCUCUCUUUGAUGUCGUGGUAAUACUAAGUCUACAACUCCCGCAAGUAACAAUCUUCAUCAAACGUUAAACACCGUCCAAUAUUCAGCAAACCAAAAAUGGCAACUCCAUUGAAGAACAUUGCCCUUAUCGGCGCCAGCGGGAAUAUUGGCAAGAUUAUUCUCGAGGGCCUUGUUGCCUCAUCUGAGUUCAAAGUAACUGUUUUGUCGCGCAACUCAAGCGACGCAACUUUCCCUGCCAACGUCACUGUCCGCAAAACCGACUUCUCCGAGGAUGACAUAGUGUCUGCUCUCAAGGGUCAAGAUGCCGUGGUCUCAGCUGUGGGCGCCACUGGGUUUAGCGAGCAAAAGAAGUUUAUAGAUGCUGCCGUCCGCGCUGGUGUUAGGAGAUUUAUCCCGUCUGAGUUUUCUGCAAACACCCUCAGCGACGCUGUCAUACAGUUGGUGCCCUUCCUCGAACAGAAGAGGGAGGUCCUCGAGUACCUGAAAUCCAAGGAGUCAGUGGGACUCACCUGGACAGGUAUCGCCACUGCUCUCUUGUUUGAUUGGGGCCUUGCAAACGGUUUCCUUGGCUAUGAUGUCGCGUCCCGUACAGCAACCAUCUGGGACGGUGGUGACAAGACAUUCACUCUCAUCAACGAGAAGCAACUCGGAGAGGCUGUCGUUUCUGUUCUGAAGCAACCCGCAGAAACUGCCAACCAAUAUCUUUACGUUUCCUCCGUCGAGACCUCGCAGAAGGAGAUUCUUAGCGCUUUCGAGGAAGCUACCUCUUCCAAGUGGACAGUGACUGAUACUACCACAGAUGCUGAAGUUAGCGAGGCGGCGAAGAAGCUCAGCGUUGGCGACUUUAGUGGUGCUUUUACGCUGGUUCGUGGCACAAGCUAUGCAACCACCCCUGGACUCCGUGCCAACUACGCAAAAGACGAGGAGCUGGCGAACGGAAUGCUGGGAUUGAAGCAAGAAAGCGUUAAAGAGACUGUUAAACAGGUUGUGAGCAAGUUUGCAUAAAAUGAGUCGGAGCGAGUGUCUUUCAAUAGAACAAGGAUAUUCCGAGUUUCACCGGCCCCUUUCCUGUCAGAAUUAGACAAAGAUGGCAAUGUUAUCGCGUGUCCAAUUUCAGCUGCACUAUUACCAGAGAGCCAGUGUCAUCAACUAAAGUUGUUUGUGAUCUCAGGGGAAAGAUGGGCAGAAUGAGGCUGUAUCGGCUACACGUACGUAGUCUACUGACGAUCGGGUGCCAUUUCGAUAGAUACUCA